GGAGGAGGAGCAGGAGGAGGAUGUGGGGACGCUGACAUCUGCAAGCCAGAGGUUUGAAGCGGAGGACGAACCGCAGCCAGGCUGACGAGCAACGGCCUCAGAGACCUCAGACACAGGCCGAGACAUGUAACUUCUACCGGAGAGGAUUGUGUCCUGCAGGGCACCCUGACACUCCGCCAGUCACAGUGCCUCCCUGGGACUCUCCAUCAUGAGGGGGCGCUGCUCUCGAAAAAUAGGUGUGCUGGCCAAGGCCGGCUUCCUGCUCUGGCUACUGUGGCUGGGCUACAUUUUGUUGGCACGCUCCUCUUUCCCCUCCCCCUCUUUCGAAGAAGAGGAGGACGAGGAACACGAACUUGUGGCACGAGAGCUCGAUUUUGAUGAGAGCAGGAAUGAUGGGCAGCUGGUUAGGCCUCUCUACAUUAAGCCGGCACCCGACAGCAAUGCGCCGGGGGAGUGGGGCCGGGCCACACACCUCACCCUCAGUGCUGAAGAAAAAAAACAGGAGCAGGACUCUGUUGAGAGCUACGCUAUCAAUAUCUUCGUCAGUGACAAGAUUUCCCUCCAUAGGCAUAUCCAGGACCAAAGGAUGAGUGAAUGCCGAACUAAGAAGUUUGACUACCGUCGCUUGCCCACCACCUCUGUGAUCAUCGCCUUCUACAAUGAGGCCUGGUCCACCCUGCUGAGGACGAUCCACAGCGUGCUGGAGACCACACCCGCCAUUCUGUUGAAAGAGAUCAUACUCAUCGAUGACUACAGUGACCGAGGAUACCUGAAAUCCAAACUAGCUGAGUACAUCAGUGAUCUUAACCGCGUGCGGCUCAUACGGACCAACAAAAGAGAAGGGCUGGUCCGGGCACGUCUCAUCGGCGCCACCUACGCCACGGGUGAUGUACUGACAUUUCUCGAUUGCCAUUGUGAGUGCGUCCCUGGCUGGAUUGAGCCUCUCCUGGAAAGAAUCGGCGAGAAUGCCAGCACCAUUGUGUGCCCUGUGAUCGACACCAUUGACUGGAACACAUUUGAGUUCUACAUGCAAACAGACGAGCCAAUGAUCGGAGGAUUUGACUGGAGACUCACCUUUCAGUGGCACUCGGUCCCUGAAGUGGAACGCAAGAGGCGCAACUCUCGCAUUGACCCCAUCAGAUCCCCAACAAUGGCAGGUGGAUUAUUCGCCGUGAGCAAGGCUUACUUUGAGUACCUGGGCACAUAUGACAUGGGCAUGGAGGUGUGGGGAGGAGAAAACCUGGAGCUCUCCUUCAGAGUGUGGCAGUGUGGGGGCAGCCUGGAGAUUCACCCGUGCUCUCAUGUGGGACAUGUUUUCCCCAAAAAGGCCCCUUAUGCUCGGCCCAACUUCCUCCAGAAUACUGUGCGAGCUGCAGAGGUUUGGAUGGACUCUUAUAAACAACACUUCUACAACAGGAAUCCACCAGCUAGAAAGGAAAACUACGGGGACAUCUCAGGGCGGCUGCUGCUGAGGGGGAGGCUGAAGUGCAAUAGUUUCGACUGGUACCUGAAGAACAUCUACCCUGACCUACAUGUGCCCGAGGACAGGGAGGGCUGGCACGGGGCUGUGCGUAGCUCAGGGAUAACCUCUGAGUGUCUGGACUACAACGCUCCAGAACACAGUCCCACAGGGGCCCACCUCUCUCUGUUCGGCUGCCACGGCCAGGGAGGUAACCAGUACUUUGAAUACACAUCUCAGAAGGAGAUCCGCUUCAACUCGGUGACAGAGCUGUGUGCCGAAGUGCUCGAUGGACAGACCUCCAUCGGGAUGAGGCACUGUCCUCAUGAUGGGGAGCUCAAGCCUCCCAGCAUCACCUGGGAGUUCCGAGACGACGGGACCAUCUACCACCCUCAUUCCAACAUGUGCAUGACAACCUACCGCACGCCAGAGGGCCGCGGAGACACCCAGAUGAAGAGCUGCAACCCAGCAGACAAGAGCCAGCAAUGGAAGUUUGAGUGGUAGACAGAGACAGGGUAGCAGGAAACCUCAAGUGACCUUCUUUGACCAUAGUGCAAUUACUACAGUGGACGUUUUCUCCGCUGCUCCCAGCUCUCCAGGUCUGCUCGCCAUUUGAAUGGCGAUAAUGAGCUAAUGCAGGGCGGUGAAAAGUCACUUUAAGCCAAUGAUUUCACCCGAUUCACAGCUUUUAUACCCGUGUGAAUGACCGAACAGGUGCAGAUUGUGAUGGAGCGAAGAAGAAUGUCAAGGUGAGGUUUUUUUGGUCUUUUUAAGGAGGCCAGCAGAACGUGACCUAAACUUUUGAGUAGCUUUCAUUAAAGUGCCUCUGCAACCAAAGUGGAAUCCAGCGCACACUUAAAAGUGUCGUUAUCGCCUUGUUUGCAACAACUUGAAAGGAGUGAAACUGGUUCGACUGUCCAGCACAUGAAGACGUGCCUUCCAGAAAAUUCUAGACAAAAGUGUUCCCUUGAAAACUAGAUGCAAAAUCGUGCUGCACUACUAAUCGUGCAGUGAAUUAUUGUUAAAUUCUCAUGCUUGUUUCUUAAGAAGCCAAGUUAAGAAACAGCCAAUUAAAAGAUGAGCUGCUCCAAAAAGAAAAAGGAGAAGUCUUGCCAGGAAUGUAAGGUCAGCGGCAGCAUUACAUGCUCCAUCAUGUGAGAGGGAAACAGCGAGGGAGUGUUGUGGUCAUACUACACUGCUCCUCAAUUCCAUCUCUCGUCUGUGAAGCCAGUUUCAUGCAAGGAUGCUGCCUGAACAAGACUUGAAGCGUUCAUUAAGCAAUUUGCACAAAGCAUAAUUUGCCCCUGAGGGCUCAGCUAGUUGACAGGAAUGUUGUUAGUCUAUUCUUCCCUGUUGUGUAAAAUGAAGACGACCCUCUGAACUCGUCUGUCAAUGUGCCUUAGAGAGGUUGUCAUCCUAUUAGAAGAACUAUUCCGUGCCGAAACGAAACGUGCCAGUGGGUGUCAAAUGAAUUCUGAGCAUUUUGAAUGCUUAAAAUCUGAAACGUCACUGGCCUGAUGCACUUGAUGCCUUAAAAGGAAGGACCUGUUUAAUUUAAUCUUUUAACUUGGUGGUUUUGUUUGGACUCCUGUGUGUAAACUGUACUUGAAAUGUCACCAGAAACCUUCCUGUUUUGUGUUUUUUUUUUUUUUUUUGAUGAUUAUAUCAUCAGUAUUUUUACUGGUCUGUACUGACAAAGAGAUGAGGCGUAGCUGUUUGUUGACAUUCUGGUUAAAUUGCAGCUGUAUCUGUUGACGAUAGCUUAUCGCCGAGCAACAUUUUGGUCCCUGUUGAAUUCAUUAAUACAAGUUAUUCAGACCAGUCAAUGGAAACAGUGGGUAAACAUGUAAGAUGGCUGUUGUCUUGUGUGGCCUUUGUAAAUAAUGUUUGAAAUAAGGGACCGGGGUGGGGGGUGGGGGGGGGUGCUGUGGUAAAGCGCCUCUAAAACUACUGAUGAUGCAAAAACAAUGAUGAUUACUUGAUACCAGGGGGAGGGGGAAUGGAUUGGGUGGAUGAUUCAAAUGAGAUUAAAGCUGUGGGGGUGGUUUAAAGAAUAAAAAAACUAACCAGAAA